GCGCGUCGUGGUCGUCGGGUUCGGCUGGUCGCAGCGCCGAGGAGAGCGGAGCGGAGGAGACUUAGAGGAGUUGGAGCUCGGCGCUUCCCCUCCCCCCGCCUCACCCCACCCGCCCCAGCCGCCCCCUCCCUCCCCGCUCGGUCUCCGUCCUGCCGGGGCCCUCUUGGGGGCCAGGCCCAUGGCUCCUCAGAAGCACGGUGGAGGUGCGGGGCCCAGCUCGGGCUCCGCUGGCGGCGCCGCCGGAGGAGGAGGAGGAGGUGGCGGCGGAGGCGGCGGUGGCGGGGGGUUCGGGGGCUCCGCGGCGGCGGCAGCUCCCGGCGGCAAAUCCGGUGGUGCCGCAGGCGGUGGCGGCAGCGGCGGAGGAAGCGGUUAUUCGGGCGGUUCCUCGGCCUCCUCGGCGACGGCGGCAGCGGCGGCGGCGCUGCCCCCCGCGAAGAAGCCGAAGAUGGAGCAGAUCCAGGCCGACCACGAGCUCUUUCUUCAGGCCUUCGAGAAACCAACACAGAUCUACAGAUUUCUACGUACACGAAACUUAAUAGCACCAAUAUUUUUGCACAGAACUCUCACUUACAUGUCCCACAGAAACUCCCGAACAAAUAUCAAAAGGAAAACAUUCAAAGUAGAUGACAUGUUAUCAAAAGUAGAGAAAAUGAAGGGAGAACAAGAGUCUCACAGCUUGUCUGCUCAUUUGCAACUCACAUUCACUGGGUUCUUCCAUAAAAACGAUAAGCCAUCCCAAAACUCAGAGAAUGAACAAAAUUCUGUAACCCUGGAAGUACUGCUUGUGAAAGUUUGCCACAAGAAACGAAAGGAUGUCAGUUGUCCUAUAAGACAGGUUCCUACAGGUAAAAAGCAGGUGCCUUUAAACCCAGACCUCAGCCAAAUCAAACCAGGCAACUUCCCAUCGCUUGCAGUUUCCAGCAACGAGUUUGAACCGAGCAACAGCCAUAUGGUGAAGUCUUACUCACUGCUGUUCAGAGUGACUCGCCCAGGAAGGAGAGAGUUUAAUGGGCUGAUCAACGGGGAAACUAACGAAAACAUUGAUGUCAACGAGGAGCUUCCAGCUAGAAGAAAAAGAAACUCUUCAAACCGUGAAGAUGGGGAAAAGACCUUUGUAGCACAAAUGACUGUGUUUGAUAAGAACAGGCGCUUGCAGCUUCUGGAUGGGGAAUAUGAAGUGGCCAUGCAGGAAAUGGAAGAGUGUCCCAUCAGCAAGAAAAGAGCAACAUGGGAAACAAUACUUGAUGGGAAGAGAUUGCCUCCUUUUGAAACAUUUUCUCAGGGACCUACACUUCAGUUUACUCUUCGUUGGACAGGAGACUCAAAUGAUAAAUCCACAGCUCCUAUAGCUAAGCCUCUUGCUACACGGAAUUCUGAAAGCCUCCCUCAAGAAAACAAAUCCAAUUCUGUUAAACCUACUCAGACUAUAGCUGUGAAAGAAUCCUUGCCAGCAGACCUUCAGACAAGGAAAGAGAGAGAUGUCUUAAAUGAGCCUCGGCAGAAGCUGCGAAUAUUUUACCAGUUCCUUUAUAACAACAACACCAGGCAGCAGACUGAAGCCCGAGAUGACCUUCACUGCCCAUGGUGCACACUCAACUGUCGCAAACUCUAUAGUCUACUCAAGCAUCUGAAACUUUGCCACAGCAGAUUUAUCUUUAAUUAUGUUUAUCAUCCAAAAGGUGCUAGGAUAGAUGUGUCCAUCAAUGAGUGCUAUGAUGGCUCCUAUGCAGGAAACCCCCAGGACAUCCAUCGACAGCCUGGCUUUGCCUUCAGCCGCAACGGUCCUGUCAAGAGGACUCCCAUCACGCACAUCCUGGUGUGCAGGCCAAAGCGUACGAAAGCGAGCAUGUCUGAAUUCCUGGAGUCUGAGGACGGGGAGGUGGAGCAGCAGCGGACAUACAGCAGCGGGCACAAUCGGCUCUACUUCCACAGUGACACUUGUCUGCCCCUCCGGCCACAGGAGAUGGAGGUGGACAGUGAGGACGAGAAGGACCCCGAGUGGCUGCGGGAGAAAACCAUCACUCAAAUUGAAGAAUUUUCUGAUGUUAACGAAGGAGAGAAGGAAGUGAUGAAAUUAUGGAACCUUCAUGUUAUGAAGCACGGGUUUAUUGCAGACAAUCAGAUGAAUCAUGCCUGUAUGCUGUUUGUUGAGAAUUACGGACAGAAAAUAAUCAAGAAGAACUUGUGUCGAAACUUUAUGCUCCACCUGGUCAGCAUGCAUGACUUUAACCUCAUCAGCAUCAUGUCAAUAGACAAAGCUGUUGCCAGGCUCCGAGAGAUGCAGCAGAAGUUAGAGAAAGGAGAAUCGACCUCCCCGACGGAUGAGGAAUCAUCCGAGGAGCAAAGUGGGACAACGAACGGAUACAGCGAAAACAGCGCGAGGGAGAGGGCGUCGGAAGCGGAGAGCAUCUCAGGGGUCACAAAACAGAGCAAGAAGCAAAAGCUCUGAAGUCAAAAGGUCAUUUUGCCAUUCGACGGACAAGCGUGGAAGUGACGUUCUAGGGUGCAUGAGCUCUAUGAGGAAUUACACAACACAAACACAGAGGUUCCAAACAGGCACUGCUGGAUGGAAAUAAAUGAUUUCAACAAGGAUGUCGUUUUAACAGGGUUUUAAUUGAGUUUUACUUAUGCAAGUCUUAGGUGUCUAUUGGGUUUGGUGAUGUCACGACAAUAUUCUAAGAGUUUGAGCAUGAAGAGCAAUAUGAAAACCUUUUUGUAAUUUUAGUAAUUAGUGUCUUAAGGACUUUAUGGAAUUGACAUAAUUUAAAUACCUGUCAAACCCUAUUCAGAUUGUUGCAUCUGUAUCUGGCUGCUUUUCCUACCAGGAAGUUGUGAGACAUUGGGGAAAGGGAAUUGGGAUACAGUUUGGGCUUUGGGUUUUUUUUUCCUUUCCUUCUUUAGACACUCUCCAGUGAAGCUUUUUUUGUGACAAUAAGGUUUCCCUAUUUAAAGCCUAACCUCGAUCCUUGUAUUUGAAAUCAUUUAUCAGCUGCUCAGCGACAGCAAAUGAAUUUUGGGUUGGUUUUUGGUUGUUUGUUCUCCACACUAAAGUUAUCAAAGUUGGCAAACUUUAGCACUUCCUUUGUCUCGUGCCUGUUUGGAAGGAUCUUGGCUUUUCCUGUUGCUGCAGACACAGUGAAGUACCACCUUGGCUUUUAGAAGUUCCCAGCAGUUUGGUUUUUGGUGGAUAAUUCUGAUGUAUUGAUCACCCAGUGUGUACCAUUUGAAACUUGAACAUUAGCUCCUUUCUCUUUCGAUUACACACUUAGCUCCGCAGACUCCGCCGCGCCAGCCCUCGCCCCGGGGGCCCCGGUCGAGGCCGUGCCAUGCUAAAGCCCAGAGCCCAUGGCCAGCACGUGGGCAUGACGCCGAGAAACUUCUCCUGAAGUUCCUGCCUGCUGUUUUGCCUGAGUCCAGACUGCAAGCCCAGGCCAUAGGUUUAGCUUUGGCUUUUCGAGAUGCCACUCUUGAGGGAAAAAUGCACUGUAAAAUUGGACCAGAAAAUGUGUUGCACUUCUUAUGCAAGUAUUCUGCCGUGUAUUGUAUUCAAUACAGAUCCUAAGAUGCUGACUAAACUCUAUUUGAGCAGUUUUGCACUGCUGUUAACACAUUUUAUGCAUACGUUUACAGAUUUUUUCCAAUGGAAAGUGGUUUCACUACUGGUACAGUAUCAGCACCGAAGGGUUUAUUCCAGCAAGCACUGUGGUUGAGUGACAUCACCUCAAUUUUUUUAUUCUCCUAUAAAAUAUUGCAUUUUUUCAUAUUCUUUAUUUAUAAAGGAACAAUGCUGCUGUAAAUACAGGUAUUUUUAAUUUUUUUAUUUCAUUCCAUCACCAUGAGAUGCAGUUCCCUGGUUGUUGAAGGGGUUUAUAAGCUUUCUGAUGGUGUCUUCAGAAAUUUAUAAAGUGUAAAUACUGAAUUUCUUUUUUAAUUUUUUUUUUGGAUGGUCCUUAAGAUGUGUUUAACUGUGAGACUAUUUAACUAAUGGUGUGGAUGUGAUUUGUCAUCCAGUAUUAAGUUCUUAGUCACUGAUUUUGUGUACAAAAUAGGAAAGAGGGAAACUGCAGCUUUCAUUACAAACUUUCUCCAAUCUGCCAGCUCUCCAAGUUUUAGCAAACUCCAGUUCUGCCUCUGGAUAGUACAUCAAGCAUUUCUCUCUGGCUUUAAUUUGCUAAAGCUGUGCACAUAUGUAAAAAAAAAAAUAGAUUAUUUUAGGGGAGAUGUAGUUCUAGAAUUAUUGCUUAUGUCAUUUCUUAAGCAGUUAUGCUCUUAAUGCUUAAAAGAAGGCUAGCAUUGUUUGCACAAAAAGUUGGUGAUCCCCCCCAAAAUAGUAAUGAAAUUACUUCUGUCCAGUAAACUUUGUAUGUCAUGUCCAAUUUAUAAUAAAAGCUGAAAAAAUCCCUUUGUUUUCUAUUUAUAAAGAUGCCUUUUCUAUAUGUACCAGUGGUAGGUUUUGCAGAUCCCCUGUAAGCUGGCUGAAAGGAAUUGGAAAUGGUACAGAAGAUGUAAAAACAAACCCAACCCCCAGCUGCUGCAGGAGGCCCAGCUGAGCUGUUGAAAUGAACUGUUGUUUUUACAUGAAAUGUUUUAUUUGAAAUCAGCUUUUGUACAUAAAGUUCAGUAAUAUAAAGUCUGCCACGAUG